CAUUUCAGUGUUUACGUCUUUUACGACAUGAUGGGAAAUAAAUAGUAAAUCAAAACAAAAAAUAUUUUCAGAUUUACUUUUUAAGAAUGGAAAUUGAUGAAUCCUACGUUGCUGAAGUAGACGAAUCUUUCCAGGAAACUAUUAAAAAAGAAUCUGGAAAAAGAGGGCGAAGACCGGGUCGCAGGUUAUCAGAUAAAAUUGAUGUCAAAGCAAAACUAGAACGCAGUCGUCAAAGUGCCAGAGAAUGUCGUGCCAGGAAAAAAUUACGAUAUCAAUAUUUAGAAGAAUUAGUAUCCGAUCGAGAAAAGGCGAUAUUUGCUCUUACAAAAGAACUAGAAAUGUAUUAUAGAUGGUGUCAAGAAUUAGACGCCGGAAUCAUUCCAGAUGGACUUGUUAAAAUGGUAGAAGAAUUUAAUGCUGUUAAGAAAGAGAAAGGUAUAUGUUAGUAAAAAAACAAAUCAAUAUAAAAAAAAUAAAUACACAUACACAUCCACAUAUAUAUAUAUAUAUAUAUAUAUACACAAACACAUAUACAUAUAUAUAUGUAUACACGUACAAAAAGGAAAAAACGCUUAAAACUAUUUUGAUGUAAUGCUUCCUCACAGAACUCUUGAAAACUGUUUUAUGUCUUAUUUAUUUCUGUUUAUGUAUUG